GUGGGAAAGCGCCUAGCGGCGAGGAAGCUAAGGGAGAGGGAAAGGAAGAAAAUUGGUUAGCCAAAUUUGACCUGUGUGUAUAUAUGUGAGAAGAAGUGGGAAGUCUUCGUCGAAGAGCUUGGGUUGGUCAAGCAAAAGCGUCGAAUCUUCUGAACUUUUGAAUUUGUUGAGCUUUAUAAUUCGGUCUCAUCCUUCGUUGUUUAUCUCAUCUGCAAUACCCAGAUCUUCGAUAUCGUGGGACUCGAUUUAUUUCUGAAGCAAUCUCCGAUUCUUCAUUACAGGAAAAGCAAAUGGCUGCUCCACUUACUAGAAUAGGCCUCGCGGGGCUUGCUGUUAUGGGCCAAAAUCUUGCCCUCAACAUUGCUGAGAAAGGAUUUCCCAUCUCUGUGUACAACCGAACCACUUCCAAGGUUGAUGAGACCGUUGAACGAGCUAAACAGGAAGGAAACCUCCCCUUAUAUGGUUUCCAUGAUCCUGAAGCUUUUGUCCAAUCUAUUCAAAAGCCUCGUGUUAUAAUUAUACUUGUUAAGGCUGGUGCUCCUGUUGACCAAACCAUAAAAACCCUCUCUGUUUACAUGGAGAAAGGUGAUUGCAUAAUUGAUGGUGGUAAUGAGUGGUAUGAAAACACUGAGAGGAGACAGGAAGCCGUGGCUGAAUUAGGUCUUCUCUAUCUGGGAAUGGGAGUUUCAGGUGGUGAAGAGGGUGCAAGAAAUGGUCCAUCUUUGAUGCCUGGUGGGUCCUUCGAGGCCUACAAGUACAUUGAAGAUAUCCUUCUCAAAGUGGCAGCUCAAGUCCCUGACAGCGGUCCCUGUGUGACUUAUGUUGGCAAAGGAGGAUCUGGGAAUUUUGUCAAGAUGGUUCACAAUGGGAUUGAAUAUGGAGACAUGCAGCUAAUUGCAGAGGCCUAUGAUGUACUGAAAUCAGUGGGGAAGCUUACUAAUGAGGAGUUGCAUCAGGUUUUCUCAGAGUGGAACAAGGGGGAACUUUUGAGCUUCUUGAUUGAGAUCACUGCUGAUAUUUUUGGAAUUAAAGAUGAUAAGGGAGAUGGCUAUUUGGUUGACAAGGUUUUAGACAAGACUGGAAUGAAGGGUACAGGUAAAUGGACUGUUCAGCAAGCUGCAGAUUUAUCAGUUGCAGCUCCCACAAUAGCAUCAUCCUUGGAUGCACGGUUCCUUAGUGGUUUAAAGGAAGAAAGGGUUGAAGCUGCCAAGGUUUUCAAAUCAAGUGGAGUUUGUGACAUCUUGACUGAUCAAGUUGUGGACAAGCAGAAGUUGAUAGAUGAUGUGAGGCAAGCUCUUUAUGCAUCCAAGAUUUGCAGUUAUGCACAGGGUAUGAAUCUGAUCCGUGCAAAGAGCAUUGAGAAGGGUUGGGACCUGAAAUUGGGAGAACUUGCUAGGAUUUGGAAGGGCGGUUGCAUCAUCCGUGCUAUCUUCUUGGACCGUAUUAAGAAAGCCUAUGACAGGAACCCAGAUCUUGCAAACCUUCUUGUGGACCCAGAAUUCGCAAAGGAGAUUGUUGAGCGACAAUCUGCUUGGCGAAGAGUUGUCUGCCUUGCUAUCAACUCAGGUAUCAGCACCCCGGGUAUGUCAUCCAGUCUUGCAUAUUUUGACACUUACAGGAGGGAAAGGUUGCCAGCAAAUCUGGUCCAAGCACAAAGAGAUUAUUUUGGAGCCCAUACUUAUGAGAGGAUUGAUGUAGAGGGAUCCUUCCAUACUGAAUGGUUCAAGAUCGCUAAACAGCUAAAGAUCUAAGCUUUCUGUUAGUGGUCUUUUAAGUAAUUGGAAAUGGUUGUACCUAAUAAUGUCCCUCCCGGUUGGGACCAAAUAGCAGCAGGAUAAAGGUUCACUGUUUUGUUUAACGGAAGCAUCUUUUCAAAUUGGAUUAAUCAAACCUGUUGAGUUUGCAUUUUGUUUGUAUUUCUGCAACUGGCCUUAGCAGAGCCUAGUUUUGUUGUUUGUAAUGUUUGAUGAGACUUUUGAGGCAUUACUGAAGCUCACAUUUGUUUUUACUUUUGUUCUAUGGAUGCCAGUGAAGGCAAAACUCUUCACUGCUUCUUCUCGUAGUGGUAAUAAUGAUUGAUUCUAUUGUAGUUGACCUGGAAAUUAGUCAUCUGUUUGUACGAGGAAACUUGGUUCAUUUGCAAUAUUGUGCUUAUUCAAGUGGCA